AUGUCCUUCGUCUCUCCCUUCGGCACAUCAACAUCGAAACCCGGCCAUGGAUCCAUCGUCCUCGAGAUACUUCCUCCGGAUAAACCUGUCCUUCGAACUGUAUCCUACCAGUAUCCCCUUAAGCUAGUUGCGCCAGAUCCGUUAGCACCACCCAACUAUGACAGAGAAGUGGACCGCAAUACAACAACAGGAGUACCUUGCCUCAUUCACACAGUCUUCCUGUUGACUUAUGGUGGAGGAAUUGUUGCUGGAGAUAGCAUAGAUUUGGACGUCAAACUAGACAGUAGUACACGGCUGAUACUGUUGACCCAAGGUUCGACUAAGAUCUUCAAAACCCCAAGUCCAGACCUAGUCUCCCGACAGCAUAUGAACACAUACCUCAAGCAGGAUUCUGCGUUGGUCUAUCUCCCGGAUCCUGUGCAACCUUUUGCACACACAGCGUUCUCCCAGUCUCAAGUCUAUCACUUGGAGAAAGAGCAGGGUAACUUGUGCGUUUGCGAUUGGGUGACGAGUGGCCGUUCAGCACGAGGAGAAAAUUGGGAUAUAUAUGAAUAUAAGAGUCGGAACGAGGUGUGGACUGUAGGUGAUGCAGGGAAGAAAAGACUACUUCUACGAGACAAUCUCAUUCUGAACAAGCAUGGCAAGACCGGAAUGCCACUCGCCUCUCGUAUGGAUAACUACUCCGUUUUUGGGACUUUGAUCAUUCGCGGUCCAAUCUUCUCGUCAGUAGCCAAAUUCUUUCUGGACGAGUUCGAGGCACUACCGCGUAUUGGAGGAAGAAACUGGGGCGACGUCGUGCAGCCUGAGCUUCAAGCACACGAGCAGAGGCGAUACGAGAGGCAACAGCGAGAGGGGAGUGAUGGCCUGGUAUGGAGUGCUGCAAACGUGAGGGGUUUUGUUCUGGUCAAGUUCGCAAGCAGGGAAGUGGAAGGAUCACGGAACUGGUUAAGGGAUAUGAUCAAGGAAGAAGGAUCCCUGCUAGAUGCAUUUGGGGAAAGGGCGAUUCUGUGUCUAAAGUGA